AUGGACAUCCGCAUCGGCAGCCUGUCCCGCGACGCCAGCGAGGCCACCGGCGCCGCCCUGGUCAUCGACGUCUUCCGCGCCUUCACCACCGCCGCCAUCGCGUUCCACCGGGGCGCGCAGCGCAUCACCCUGGUGGCCGAGGUGGAGGAAGCGCUGGAAAUCCGGCGUAGCAAUCCGGCCAUCGCCGACAUCCUGAUGGGCGAGGUGGACGGUCAGCGACCCGACGGGUUCGACCACGGUAACUCUCCCUUUGAAGCCUCCUCGGUUGAUUUCGCCGGCAAGAGCGUCGUCCAGUCCACCCGCGCCGGCACCGUGGGAACGGCGGCGGCCGGAGCGGCCGGCUGCGAUCCCAUCUACGUCACCUCCUUCGUGGUGGCCGGCGCCACCGUGCAGGCGCUGCUGGCGGAGGACCCGCAACCGGAGUUGGUGACCAUCCUGGCCAUGGGCGACCAGGGUUUCAACCGUUCGGACGAGGAUGAGCACUGCGCGCUAUAUCUCCGCAAUCGCCUCGAGGGCCGCAACCCGGACCCCGAGGCGUUGCGGAAGCUCAUCAUGGCCGGCGGCGCAACGCAGAAGUUCUUCGAUGACGCACAGCCGCAGUUCCAUCCCCGGGACGUGGCCCUGGCCCUGGAGGUGGACCGCUAUCCC